UGCAUAUUAUAUUUGUGUUGUAUUUUUAUUUCAGUUGUUUCAGAGGACACAGUUUUGGGUCAGUGUUGUGAUAUAUUGUGAUUAUAUGUAUAUGUGAUUAAAAUUUCAGGGUUUAUAGGCUAUUUUGAGAAAUUCCCUAUAGUCUGUAUGCUUUGAUGGUGGCCAGGUCAAUUUGAAUUUAUUUAUCACAUUAUUUGAAAUUUCAGUCCAGCAGCUGUACCCGUGGUUUGGUUUUGUGUUUAUAUAUUGUGUUCUAUUUUCAGUGUUUAUAUUUGUAGUGUUUUACUAUGGCUACAGGUGGAAAACUUACAGAGAAAAUUAAGAGUUUUAUUUCAGGUGCAGACAAACCAGACAGUGAUCCUUUAACUGAUAUGCAAAUUUCUCAAGUUUUAGAAGCUUUGAAGAAGUCUGGUGAUUAUGUGGUUCUUACUAAAGAUGAGUAUAAUGUUUUGAAAGGUCCAGGUCCUACCAGUACACCUAUUGUUAAAACUUCAUUUCAGAAUCCUUUUGAUGCUUCUGCAUUACAGAUGCCAAAAGUUGAUGUAAAAUUACCAUUCUUUUCAGGUGAAGUGCCUCCUUUGAAAGGGGAUGUAACUUAUGAUGUUUGGAGAUAUGAGACUAAAUGUCUCUUAUCAGAUUCUUCAUUAACAGAAAAUAUUUGUUUACAGGUUAUUCGUAAAUCAUUACGAGGGUCAGCCAGACAGGUUCUUAUACCUUUGGGAGAAAAGGCAACUUUAUCUGAUAUUUUAAAUAAACUUGAUACUUUGUUUGGAAAUGUUUCAACAAAUGAAUCUGUCAUGCAAUCUUUUUAUAGUGAAUCUCAGAAGCCCUCAGAGAAUGUGACUUCAUAUGGUUGUAGAUUAGAAACUUUAUUGCAGGUUGCAGUUGAAAGAGGUCAUGUCAGCCACUCAUCUAGAAAUGAUAUGUUGAAAUCUAAAUUUUGGACAGGUCUUUAUGAUGAAAAGCUCAAAUUAUUAACUAGUCACAAGUAUGAUGCUAUUUCAGAUUAUAACAGGUUAUUGCGAGAAGUUAGAGCUGCAGAACAAGAACUUUCAACAUCAGACAAAUUAACAAAAGUUCAAUGUCAACCUAUUUCAGAUUCUAGGGAUAAAAUGGUUGAAGAUCUUUCAAAGAAGAUGGACACUUUGAUGACCAAGAUGCAGUCUCUUGAAAAAGACAUCAAAGACAGCAAGAAGCAAGAUUCAUCAAAUAAUAGUAAUUCUUUUUCUGGUUAUAAUAGACAGUCUUUUUCAGGUUACAAUAGAGGAAAUUUUUCAAGGUUUAACAAACAAAGAAAUUCUUUUGCAGGUUACAACAGAGGAAACUUUAGAGGUAGAGGUCAACAACAGAACAGAAACUAUGGUCAUCAACAGAAUGUUAAUGUUAGGUCAAAUAAUUCUGACAAUUCUUCUUUUAACAGGUCUGACAACACUAAAACUGUUGACCCAAAAGUUUAGACUCCUCUGU